CAGCUGCAAGUUGGGCUGCAGGGGCAGCGCAUACACUACAAUGGCUGCUGGAAAGAGGCGUAAGGAAACAAUUUCCAGGCCCGCCGCGUCCAGCCCGAAAUAUGAGAAAAAAAUUAUUAGAAAUUCCGCGGGCGGUGUAAAGGCGGCGGACGGGCCGGAGGGAGGAUGUUAAAGCCCCGCGGUUGCCUCUUGGUGCUGCAUUGGCUGUAUUUGGCACCCAGAAUGCUUCAUUCUGUGAUGGUCUAUUAAUAAGGUUACCUUGUAGAGUUUGGAUCAGGGCCUCAGAUUGGUCAAAAUGGGAAAGACUGGAUUCUGCUCUCUUCUACGAAGAGUCAAUGGGACUGGCUAAAAUCAAGGUCUGAGGCUUUUUCCAUCUGUCUUCAGUCCCUUUUUGCUUUCUUUUACGACCACAUGAAACUUGAGAAGCCACCUAAAGCUAAAUCAUUUAGUGGAGUUGGGCAGUUCCCAAGUGUCCAACAAGAAGGCCUGGUUUAGGCUGCGAUGGCCACUGUCAUUCCUGGUGAUUUGUCAGAAGUAAGAGAUACCCAGAAAGUCCCUUCAGGGAAACGUAAGCGUGGUGAAACCAAACCAAGAAAAAACUUUCCUUGCCAACUGUGUGACAAGGCCUUUAACAGUGUUGAGAAAUUAAAGGUUCACUCCUACUCUCACACAGGAGAGAGGCCCUACAAGUGCAUACAACAAGACUGCACCAAGGCCUUUGUUUCUAAGUACAAAUUACAAAGGCACAUGGCUACUCACUCUCCUGAGAAAACCCACAAGUGUAAUUAUUGUGAGAAAAUGUUUCACCGGAAAGAUCAUUUGAAGAAUCACCUGCAUACACAUGACCCUAACAAAGAGACAUUUAAGUGUGAAGAAUGUGGCAAGAACUACAACACCAAGCUUGGGUUCAAGCGUCACUUGGCCUUGCAUGCUGCAACAAGUGGUGACCUCACCUGCAAGGUCUGUUUGCAGACUUUCGAAAGCACAGGAGUGCUUCUGGAGCACCUUAAAUCUCAUGCAGGCAAGUCGUCUGGUGGGGUUAAAGAAAAGAAGCACCAGUGCGAGCAUUGUGAUCGCCGGUUCUACACCCGGAAAGAUGUCCGGAGACAUAUGGUGGUGCACACUGGAAGAAAGGACUUCCUCUGUCAGUAUUGUGCACAGAGAUUUGGGCGAAAGGAUCACUUGACCCGACACAUGAAGAAGAGUCACAAUCAAGAACUGCUGAAGGUCAAAACAGAACCGGUGGACUUUCUGGAUCCAUUCACCUGCAAUGUGUCUGUGCCUAUAAAAGAUGAGCUCCUUCCGGUGAUGUCCUUACCUUCCAGUGAACUGUUAUCAAAGCCAUUCACAAACACUCUGCAGUUAAACCUCUAUAACACUCCAUUUCAGUCGAUGCAGAGCUCGGGAUCUGCCCACCAAAUGAUCACAACUUUACCUUUGGGAAUGACGUGCCCAAUAGAUAUGGAUGCUGUUCAUCCUUCUCACCACCUUUCUUUCAAAUACCCAUUCAGUUCUACCUCAUAUGCAAUUUCUAUUCCUGAAAAAGAACAGCCACUAAAGGGGGAAAUUGAGAGUUAUCUGAUGGAGCUACAAGGUGGCAUGCCGUCUUCGUCCCAGGAUUCUCAAGCAUCGUCAUCUAAACUAGGGUUGGAUCCUCAGAUUGGGUCCCUCGAUGAUGGUGCAGGGGACCUCUCCCUGUCAAAAAGCUCCAUUUCUAUCAGUGACCCUCUAAACACACCAGCAUUGGAUUUUUCUCAGUUGUUUAAUUUCAUACCAUUAAAUGGCCCUCCCUAUAAUCCUAUAUCAGUAGGGAGCCUUGGAAUGAGUUAUUCCCAAGAUGAAGCACAUUCUUCUAUGUCUCAGCUACCCCCACAGACCCAGGAUCUUCAGGAUCCUGCGAACACUAUCGGGCUGGGGUCCCUGCACUCACUGUCAGCAGCUUUCACCAGUAGUCUGAGCACAAGCACCACCCUUCCACGUUUCCAUCAAGCUUUCCAGUAGGGUUCGAGACGUGGAUUUAUUACAAAAAUGUAUGUGUAGCCCUGCCUUAGAUGACCAUUUUUAUUUUAGUGCCUGCUUUAAGACAGUAUAAAAACUUCUGCUUUUGUAUAGUACCAGUUUUCAUUAAGCCAGUAUAAAAUAGAGACUAGCUUUUUAAGUGAACUUUGGAACCUGUUAUGUUUACCUGGGUAUUUUGUCCUGAUUCACUGCCAAUUGUCAAAUUUUAAGAUUUUUUUUUUUUUGUAUAGGAAAACCAUUAUUGUUAGUAAAGUCUUACAAAAUUCAUGUUCAGAUUACCUUGAGAUCUUAAAUUUUUCAUUUUUGUCCCACAACAAUGGCUGUACCUUUUGACAUUUGGCUCAUUAAAAAAUUUGUAGUAGAAUAUAAGUUUUCUAAAAUAUAUAUGAAUAACCCAAGAAUUCUUAAAUUUUUACUAGCCUCUUAAGUGGAUUUAUAAGGAAGUGUUUCAAAUGAAUUAAGAAUCCAGUUGGGGAGAUAACACAUGCCUGUUAGCUAUACCAUAAUUUCAGGUCAGUAUAUUUUGAAGACUUGCUAUUGUCUGGCUCAAAUAUCUGCCAUCAUUAUUAUGCACAUAUAAGGAAAACAAAACCUAAACACAAAGCACCAGUAUUUACAGCAAAGAGACUCCUAGUAUGGUGACACGGCAUUCCAUUUUACUUAAUAGCCUCAAAUUAAUAUGCAGGAUAUUUUCCCACGUUUCCACCUUCUUAACUUGCUCUGUUUCCAUUUAAUAAUACUAAUCGUGUAUGGCAUUGGAGUCUUCAGAGUCAGUAGAUAGAUCUCUUUAAUCUUUUUCCACCUUUCAUGGCCAAAGGGUGGGUCAAGUGCAGCCAGCAAUUUUAUUUUGGUUGUUAGUCCAGAAUGUAGAGAGAGCCAUUGUGGAACACAGAUGCUAAGUGUGUUUAUCCCAGAGGGGACUGUCUCAGCUUACCUGGUGUGGUAGACGCCUAAGCAGAAAGAUGUGAAAUACACAGUUCAACUUGGGAUCUUGUCUAGGGAUCAUGUCCCCUGUUGUCAGGGUUGAAAACUAGACUCUAGAAGUAAAGUAAAAGCAUAUCGCUCACGUCACUUCUUGCUGAAUUUGAUACAAUUUUCUUUCCCUUAAGAGCCCAAAGCAGAAAACAAAACAGUCCUGCCCCCAUGGUAUCUUUCUUACUCAGUGUUAAUUCAUCUUUCCUUGCUAUUUUCGGAUGGAGACUUUAAAGUUAACUGCAUUAGAAAACUAUGUGAGGAAUGACUACAAAGGCUUAAGUAACUGAAAAUAUAUACAGUAAAACCCCACUUUUACACAUCUGUGGGAAAUGGGAAUGUUGCAAAUAAGUUGAAUUUGUGGAGGGGGAAAAGUAAAGCAGAACAAGCACUAUCUUAGUUAAUGUGAAAGUAACAAUCAAAGAGUAUUGUGUUCACUGAAUAAAACGGUUAUGGGCUUUCCUCAUGUUAGACAACCGCCAUAAUCUCAAAGGUCAAAUUAUAUUUUUCUAAAUACCGGUUGAGAUAAGAAGCAUAUCUAUUAAGCACUUGUUAACACCUUAUUUUGGGACCGUCUGUUCGGGAGGGUAUGAGGGGGGAAGGUUUAUAGAAGAGUAUAUAUCUCUUUAAAAGAAAAUAUUUCUGAGCACUCAUUAGCCCUAUAUGAAAGCUUCUUUUCCCUUUUAUAGGGCCAAUUAUCACUGCAGAUUGCAAUGUUUACCAAGUAUUUCUAAAAAUGAGUGCAGAUUACUGAAUAUAAUACAUUAUUUAAAAAUAUUUGGGAGUAGUAUAAUUUGUGAAGAAAUGUAAAUUGUAAUAAUGUAAAUGGGGGUUUCACUAUAUAUAUUAUAUAUAUAUAUAUAUAUACACACACACAGACACAUAUAUCGCACUUCAUAGAAUCAGAGUUGCUCUCUUGAGGAGCUUUGCCUCCUGAUAUUUUAUCAUGCUCCUAUUUUUUUAAAUCCUAGGAGCAGUAGUUUUUAUACUUAUGUAUUUAAAUUUUAUUAUUAAAAAUUACAUUUUAUAAGAAAGUGUGUUCCAAAGGCAUUAAAAUUAUAUAUGUUAAUAAGGAAAUACAUUUUUAAAAUUUUCAAAUUGCUCCUAAGCUUUUGAUUAGGAGAAUAUUUGCUCUGAAAGUAGGCUUUUAGCUCUGCUUUAUUACUGCUUCCUUUAGUUUCUAUGAAACAGAUUGCUUACUUAAAUCAUUAGUUGAAUGAUUAGUGUUCAAUAUUGCUUAAAUCACCAUUUAAAAAAAAAUUGGUGACAGAGCACAAAUAGAAAACCUAUUUUUAAAUAGAAAUCACAAAUACAAGUGUGGAAGCACUACUUUAUUUUGUCUAAAAUUUGCUUAAGGAGAAGUCAAAGUAAUGAACCAAGACAGUGGCCUUCAUAGGCUGUAUUUCACUGCUAAUAAAAAAUUUAAAAGGGAGUACCAGGAUUUACUAAACAAAAACAUUUUGAAAGUGGGGAAUAGCGCCAUAUAUGUAUAUAUUUUUUUAGCCUAAUUCUCUGCCCUGCAUGGAAUUCAGAUACAUGGAGGCACAUCUUUCAGGGCAUCAGUGUUAAAAUUGUGGAGUCUUAAUUUUCAUACAUACACCUCUUUGCCUGAUGCUGCCCCACAGACUUGAAAUAACACUUCCAAGUAAGAGGGAAUUCAGCUAAUUUGUUUUUUAAACUGAUUGUACUGGUCACUAAGCCCUUUUUGAGAGAAUUUUUAUCAAACAUGAGGCAGAUUCAUUAAUCUUGAUUGCAAAAUGUUCUAACAAGGGUGUAACACAGAACUGGCUUUUAUUUUUUCUAGAAGGAAAUUGACAUUAGUUUUUAUGUCAGCUGGAUGCGAUUAAAAAUAAUUAUUGCCAAUGCUGUUUUCAUUCUUCAGUGGCCAGAAUCACCAUCUUUGAAAUUUCUAGUAGUGCCUUUGCUGAUUAAAAUAAAAAAAGGAUUAUCAUUAAGUAAAAAUUAGAAUCGGGACCUCAGACAAGAUUUUGAACCUCAUUCAGUUUGAACUUCUAUGUGUAUGUACCAGUUAGAUCACCAGACAUGGAAGCAUGCGUGUGGAAGAAUUGUGGCACUCACUGUAAGCAAUAUUAUCCAUGGGUAUAUGCAAAUAUCCUUAUAGUUACUGGUCACUGUUAAAAUUUGCAUUUUAAAACCCUAUUACCAAGUUCAGUUUUUCAAGACUUCAGUUGUCCUGGCUGGUCAUGCACCAUUCUUUGUGCAACUUUUAAAUUCCAUUUAGUGUUUCUUCCAAGCUGUGUAUUUUUGCCUAUUUGUUGCUUGUGCUUUAUUAUUCUUAGUCAAUUGUGGAAUAUAGUGAUAUAUUGUGUUAAUUUGGGCAGUAGCGGUUUUUAAAAACCAUAUACUGACUGAAACAUGAGCCAGAGCUGAUUGCUUUAUUAAGCUAAUAAUGAAUGUUAAAGAGUACAUAUUUUCAGGAUCAUUCAUCUAGUAAGCAAUACAUAUAUAGGCCAAUAUUUUUUUAAAAAAUAGAGCUUGGUCAACCUCUAUACUACACAUAUUACAAGAUAUAGCACUUUCAAAAUGAAUCUAAACCUUUACAGAAACUUUCUUAUAGGUUAUGCCUUUUAUUUUAAGACUUAUUAUAAUUUGUUUCAAGUGCCAUUAGAUGAUAUAUAUGUAGACCUUUGAUAUAUAAUGCUUUGUGUUCAGAAAUGGUAGAUGGUAUUUUAAACAGGUACAUUUUUACAGUGUUUUCUUAUCAAUUUGCUAUAUUGCACAGGAUCAGUGUGUGUCUUUUCAUAAGGUUUUACAAUGGUUUAUUUUUUUACAAGGUUUACGUGUCUCAAAACACACUGUCUUCCCACUACGUAAAUUAAAAAAUACCAGUUCACCCAAGUUGCUUCUAGCCUACUGAGAUCCAUCUGACAUUGGAGGAGAUCUUCUAAAUGUCGAAUAUUCCUCAUUAGCAAUGGCAGACUUAUCUCUGACAAAUGAGUGCCUAGGUUGGCUUUGUCUUAUUUUUCUCACUCUGUGUCAGUAACGACGUCUGCAACACAGAUCAUCUGUUGUGGUUCAAUAGAUCCACAUAAGUUGUGUUGCGUAGUUUCAUGCUAAAAACUCAUCCUGAGCUCCUUUUUGAUCACAUAAAACAAAAUACUAUCAACAUUGGCAAAGGCAUGCUUACAUCACCCCUAGGCCCUUCUACAACAUUCUCAGCCCUCUGAGGACGGAAGGCAGUGUCUUUUGGUAAGUUCUCUAGCUCUAGAAAUGACAGAACUAUUGCUAAUGUAUGAAACACAUUGUAUAAGCUCAGUGGUACAGAUGAACCAGAAUGAAUGUUUAUCUUCUCAGAAACACUCCCUCAAUAUUAUUUUGGAUCAUGCUGCUAAUGUAACUUGGGAUACAACUCUUCAUGGUGCUACAAACUUCUCUGUCUCGUUCAGUCAUAUUUUUUUAUCCAUAGGAAAUAAAGGACUACAUUAGGUGUAAAGGUGUACAAUAUAUUUUUAUACUGUGACUUAAUUUGUCGUUAACAAACUUUUACACCACCCACCACAAUGUAUUCAUGUGCACUUGCAAAAGGAAAUCUUGGACAUGCAAAUGUUACCAGAACAAACCCAGCUUUUAUCCACAAGGUGACUCAAAAUGAAAAGUGGGCUUAAUAAUAUGGUUUGGAGUGAAGAACAUGCUGUAUGUUACUAACAGGCCUUUGAAUUUAACAAAAACUGGGAAUCCAUUAGGAAAUGGAUUGCAUCAUGCCUGAACAUAAGCUGGACUGCUGAAAUUGUAUUUUUAGCUGAUGAAAAAGUGUUUGGACUAGUACUCUAAAUAUGUUCUAAUGAUAAAGUUUUGAGUCAAAAUAGAAAAGAAAAAAAUCUGCAUUCCAGGCUGAAUUUUGUAUAUUUUUAUUGCAUUUAAAAUCGCUAUUCUGUGAUAUUGGGAAAUCAAGUGGCUUAUCAUGUAUAUCAUGUACUUAAAAUGUAUUCACAAACUACUGUUGUAUUUGUAUAAAAUAUAGACAAAGAUCGUAUUUUUUGUGUGUGUAUAAGCUCUGUAAUAUAGCAAUCACAUUAUUAAGCUGCAGUGAUACCACAUUUUAAAAAUCCACAUCCAAAGAAGCAGGCUAUUUAUUGUCCAGUUACCCAGAUAUAAAAUAUUAAUUUGCUGCUAAUUAAACAAUAGUACUGCAGCUUCUUGUGGCCUACAGUGUUAUGUUUGCUGUAAGAAAAAGAUACGUGAACUCCACAAAAUAUAUGAAUAAAAUUAUAGAAUGACUUUAGAUAAUGUAGAUCUUACUGAAAUUUUAAUAGAUGAUAAAUUUCUAUUUGAAUUUUAUCUUUCCUUCACUUUGAAUUUUAAAUAUUUUCUCAUUUGAUAAAUGCAAGAUUCUCAU